CCGAUCCGCUUAACUCCAGCGGCACCCGUGUGUUCAACCAGUACUUAACAGUACUUUCCAUAGCAAAUACUAUAACUACCAUAGUCAUUGCACUUUUAGAUCACCACCAUCAAAUACAAUUCACACGAGAGUCUGAGAAAAGCACUCUAACAGAACCCUAUACCACAUAGACGUAGACACCAUCAAUACUUUACUAAUCUUACUUUCCGUCUUUCAGAGUUUUCUCCUUCCAAAAGAUUUCAUCACGAGCAAAAGGCAUCGCAUUCUCAUUGUCAUAUAAAAUUUAUGCACUGACAUCAUAGCAUACAUUCCCCUAAUUUCUACAUAAUUUGUGCCCAUUUCAGUGACAAUACCCACACAAAUUACGUUCCCACAACACUCGAUUACACCAUUGCCAUACUUGCACAAUGUCGCUGCUAGAUCUUGAUUUCGACAACUUUCUUCUGCCUCCCAUGGUGCAACCGAAACUGGCUCUGUUCUCCCAGGUAAGGACGCCUAUGCAGCGGAAAUCAUCCAACUUCUUUCCCGUUCAAACGCCUCGCGAUAUCGACGACUCGUUUGACCACACGCUCUUAGCCGACCCCGGAGCCAUAGCUCCUCCGUAUGCCAAAAGACACAAUAGUUCGCCCUUAAUAGGUUCAUUCAACAACCGUACUGGUCAGUCAUCGCUGUCGUCCUCAUCGCUGAAGUUCUUCUAUGCGAAUCCCGGAUCUGGAUCUGGAAAUCCGCAACUUCUUACACCUUUGUUUGCUGAUGUUUCGAAUUCUACACCUAAUUCAGCACCAGCUUCCGUAGCACCAACAUCUGCUGGAACCAAUGGACGCCAGACGUUAUCUGUGUUUGGAGGCAUCGAUAUCGGUGCCGACUUAUCCAACAACUUGCACAGCUUGAACUUGAACAAUAAUAUCAACAAUAUGCUUUCUCCUCCACCUUCUGCUGCAUCUACUUACAACUACCAGCAAAGCACCCCUCAACAAACAGGAGGAAGCUUGGGGUUGUUAGCGAUCUCCUCGCCACCAAAUACAGCUUCCAUGUUGAAUUUGGGCGGUGGAGGGUCCACUACAGCCACAACCAGCGGAAGCGUGACUCCGUCCAUUUCGUCCAAUUCGAUCUGGAACGACUCCAACAGUCUCGGUCACUUUGGACUCAACGGAAACGGGAACAGUAACAGCAAUAACAGUAACAGUAACAAUAGUAACAAUAAAAACCCUAACAAUAUUGGUGUGAAUGUCAACAGCAAUAUCUUGAACAGUACACCUAAGCUUUCAACAUUAGACGAGCUUUUUGAUGGUGAGCACAAGUUUUCGAUGGAAAACAGUUACAGCGAUGUGUUUUCCAACGACAUGCUCUUUUCGCCGUUUUAUGCCCAUGAGGGCCACAGCCAGAACCAGUUUGGGGAAAUCUCAUCACCCUUAGCUCCUGUUGCCAGAACCGCCUCUUUCACUUCUUCCGGCUCGCGACCCAAUUUCAAAAGCAAGGAAAACAUCUACCUGAGCAAGUUGAACACACCUUCGUUUGUUCCUAGUGCCGUUAUGUCCGAUGGAGCUAAAGUGAUGGGUUCUUCUACCAUAGAGCCUACGGACUCAGAGGUCAAGUUGGAAAACACACGGGCGUUCAUAAACCAGAUCCAUUCCAAUGCAAAUGUGAACUCUGGUGCCAGUAGCAGCUCUGGACAUCGCGGCAACCUCGUUUUCAACAACGACUCGGCAACGCUUACGUCCAAACUCAACCAAAUAGAACGGAAAGAGUCGGAGAUCUCUGGUAGAAUCAGUAGAAAGAAUAGCGGUUUGCCUAGUUUCAACAUUACCCAAGUAAACUCGGGAAUCGACAGAGGCAACGUCAGAGUAAGCUUGCCGCAGACAUCGUCUCUUCAAAAGCAGGUGACACGAAACGAUGUUUUUAUCCGUGAGAUCCUUACCACAGAUGAGACUACUAAAUACAGUGAAGACUACUGUUCGACUUUCUACAAGCGCAACUCCCACGGGUACAUGUUUACUAAAGAACCCACUAACACUUUGAAAGUCAACACUACAGCCAACAAGUCAUGGGUGCAAUUGAAGAUCAAGCUUCCCUGUAGCAGUCCCGGCCAGACACGAGGAAGAACUGAUGCUCCCGCCUUGCUUAUCAAGAAACUCAAAGUAGACGUUAGACACUUGCCCAUCUGGCGGCCAAUCACCAUGAAUGGAGGCGCCAGUUCGUACCAAGGCAACGGCUACAGUAAUUCAAACUACCAAGGAGGUAAGAGAUAUGGCAAUUCUAAUUACAAUGGAUACGGAAAUGGAUCGAGAAGGUAUUCAGGAGGCUCUGGAGCGUCAGGAUUUGGAAAUAAUAAAGAGUUCAGGAAACCCAAGAAUCUCAAUGUGUCUAAAAGGUUUGGGAAGAAAACAAGUGAAUAAUCUGGGAAAAACAGGAUAGUUAAUAUAGUAAAGUAAUGAAGACAAUUC